UAUCGAUUAGUUUCGAUUAGCACUAUCAAACGUAGAAUAAAGUUUGUCGAGUUAUUUAUAAUUAUUUUUUCUUUGAAAUAUAAAAUAAUUAAUCUUUUAUUGCAAUGGGUUGUGAUGGUGGAACAAUUCCUCGUAGGGACGAACUCGUGAGAAUAAAGAAGAAACCAGAGAAAAAAGAUAAAGAUGCUGAAUUAGCAUUCAGAUGGAAACAUUGUACGAUACGACAAUUACCUUUACAAGAACCAGUUGUUGCUUGUGGAUUAGGUCGUCUUUAUAGCAAGGAAUCUGUUUUGGAAGGACUUCUUGAUCGUGACACACUUCCAGAAUCUGCAGCUCACAUUAAAAAUUUAAAAGAUAUUAAGAAUCUUAAUCUUACUCCUAAUCCUGCAUUCAAUGCUAACAAAGCAGAAAAAGGAGAUUGUUAUGUUGAUGGUGGAAAGAGUCCAUACAUUUGUCCAGUUAUUGGAUUGGAAAUGAAUGGAAAAUAUAAAUUUUGCUUUUUGUGGACUUGCGGUUGUGUCAUGAGCGAACGUGCACUUAAACAAGUCAAGACUUCAGUAUGUCAUAGAUGUCAACAAGCAUUUACCGAAGCUGAUAUUGUUAUCUUGAAUGCAGUUGACGAGGAUCUUGAAUUAAUGCAGGAACGUUUGGAUGCACGCAAAGCUGCACAGAAAUCUUCCAAGAAAAGGAAGAAUAAAACUGAAAGUACUUCGACUGAAGCCAAUGAUAAAACCAAUGAUAAAGCCAAUGAUAAAGCCAAUGAUAAAGAAGAAGUAUUGAAAAAGAAGAUCAAAAAGGAAGAAAAACCUUCAACAUUACCUAAAAAGAAUGUAAAUAGAAAUGAAGCUGAAGAUCCUGCAUAUAGAAAAGCUAAAGAAAGUUAUAGCAUUGCGAAAGAUCCUAAAGCUUCUGAAGUUUUCAAAAGUAUAUUUACGAGUCAUAAAUCUGCUGACGAUCAAGAUAGAGCUCAUUGGAUUACUUAUAAUCCAUUUUAUAAUUAGUUUUAAUUACAAUUUAUUUUAUUUCUGUAAAAUAAUUUCCUUUGUAAUUUUGUGUUUAUA